UUAAUUCGAAUUUACAAUAAAAGUUUAUAAAUGUGUUUGAUUUAAUAUUCUCUUUUUGUUUAUUAUUUAGGAUUCACUGCAUACUGUUUAUCCAUCACCAAUGGAAAGAUUUAUUCAUUUUCUGAUUUUCUCAGGAUUCUGGACGUUCACACAGAGCAACUCAAAUGAAUAUAUUCUCAUCCAGGAGAAUAAGACCUGGGCCGAUGCAAAAGUUUACUGCAGAAAGUAUCACAUCGACUUGGCCUCGGUUGCAAGCAAUGAACAACUGACACGUCUACGAGAAGCAGUUAGUGCUGCGCUGCCUCCACUGGCUUGGACUGGACUGUUCAGACUCAAUAACACUUGGUUUUGGAGUUAUCAAUCUGAGAAAUUCUCAUUUGAAUUCUGGAAGCCUGGAAGGCCAAACAACUACCAUGGAAAAGAGGAUUGUGCUGUCAUCAAUGCCAGUGGAUGGGUGGAUAUGGCAUGCACUGAAUUGUUUCCAUUUUUUUGCUACGAUGACAGCGGAGCAGGCAGUUUUGUUUUUAUCCCUGAAUUUCAUUCACGGUAUAAUGCUCGGAUGUACUGCACACAGUAUUACACAAACCUGGCCAUCAUUCGAAAUCAAACUGAAAAUGACCUGCUGCUGAAUAUGAUGGCAGGAUAUGAAAAUGCAUGGAUUGGUCUAGCGAAAACCGGCUGGUGGUGGUCAGAUGGAACAAGUUCCUACACGUUCCCCAUAACCUGGAGCGCUGGACAACCUGACGUGACUGGCCUGCACCCACUUUGUGCCGCUACAACUCUUAAUGGAUUAGAUGAUCGACUCUGCCCAGAGACCCUUCCAUUUAUCUGCUUAAAACAUACAAAGAGUCAGAUUGUGAGAGUGGAGGUGAAAUCGAGUCAGAAUCUAAAUGAUCCUGCAGUGAUGGAGAUCAUCUUACAGUGGAUAAAGAAGAAACUGAAGGAUCGUGGGAUAGGGAAUGACACAACAUUGACAUGGAGACUGCAGCCAGAUGGAAAUGUUUUCUCAUCAAAACAUGAAAGUGAAAAAGGCCAGAAUCCCUGUCCAAACACUUUCUUUUAAAUAUAACAGUUACAUCAUCUAAUAUUGUUAUAUGUUAUUCAUUUAAAUGAAAUUUAUUUGAAUUGAACUGGAUAAAAUGCUGUGUGCACACCGCCAGUUACUUGCACUGACAGUGUGACAAGAUCUCGAUAAUUUAAAUUAAAGCUUGAUGACUUUGGGCAAUACAAGCGACAGUGAACAUUGGCAACAUGAAAGUGAGUGUGUCCAGCUACUAGACAAAGUUGAAAAUAGUAAAACUUGAUGCAAAUUAUCCUUUGGGAGCGACUUCCAAUGAGAGUGAAGCAGUGAAGUUUACAUUGUUUGUUUAUUGUAGUAAAACUAGAGAACGUCUUUUAACGACUUCAUUGAAAAGAGAUUUCUGACACACAGCGAUAAGUGCACACAACAUUAGAAGUCAAUUUUUGUUUUUAUUACUGUUUUCAUUCAAGUCUGUUAUUGGACUGCUAUAUCUAUUUUGCAGUAAACUUUGUCAUAGUUGAGUAGAUUUAGAGCCUGUACAGAUGAUGAGGGUUCACGUUCUGUAUUUUUAUUAUUGUCUUUUAUUAUAAUGGUUUUUGUCGAGGUGUGAUGCUUGUAGUGGCAGUAAGGGUUGCAUGCAUUAACUGUAAAGUCUUUAAAAUAAUACUUUGCAUCUAAAAAAUCAAAUCUCAAAUUGUAGAAAAAUGUUUAUUAUGGGAUGUCAUUCUAUUGUAAUUUUAUGUGUAACUUUUAACCUGAAAUAUUUCGUUUAAGAAAUCAACUUUUAAAAAUAAUUAAUAUAAAUAUUAUUAUCAAAUGUAAGUUAGUGAUUGAAACAUUUAAACAUUUGUAACAUGUAAACAUGCAUCUGUAUUCCUUCUAGCCACAACCCUGUUUUUUGACAUAGUAUUUCAUUAGUUUAUUGGUUUUCUCUGUGCAUUUACAGUUCUGCCUGUAUUUAGUUUGAUUCGUCAGUCGUUAAUUGUAGUAAAAUAAACCUAAACCUGCCC